AUGCCUCCCUUGUUGCUCCGUUUAUGCUUUGUUUCAUUUUAUCUUAGCGGUAUGGCUCUAGAGGAGAUCUCGUCCAGUAAAUGCUUUGGAGGUAUACAAAAGGUCUUCAAGCACGACAGUUACACUGUGAAGUGUCCAAUGAAGCUUGCUGUGUACUUUCCUCCGUGCUACAGUCUUGGGCAGUCUUGUCCUGUAGUCUUCUUCCUGCAAGGUCUGACCUGUACUGAACAGAAUUUCAUCAUCAAGUCCGGCGCCCAACGAUACGCUUCUCAGCUUGGUCUUAUAUUGGUAAAUCCUGAUACUAGUCCUCGUGGAUGCAACAUUCCAGAGGAAGAUGAUGACUUCGACUUCGGCAGUGGUGCUGGUUUCUAUGUAAAUGCCACCCAAGAUCCGUGGUGUAAGCAUUACAAAAUGUAUGACUACGUCGCAGUUGAACUUCCAGAACUAAUCGAGAAGAACUUCAAUAUAGUCCCUGGUAAAUAUGGUCUUUUUGGGCAUAGUAUGGGCGGACAUGGAGCGCUGAUGGUGGGUCUGCGAAACGCCGAUCGUUUUGUCUCUGUGUCUGCCUUCUCUGCUAUGUGCCAUCCCUCAGUCGUGCCUUGGGGCAUCAAGGCUUUCACAGGUGAGUGA